GUUGGCACCGGCGCGACAGUUGCCACGCUGGCCGAUGCCUCAGAGCUGCCCACCACCGUCACCGUCGCACAAGUCAAUUAUUCUGCAGUGACUGAUGGAGAGGUUGAGCAGAACUGGGCAACGCUACAGGGGGGUGAGAUGACCAUCCAGACGACGCAGGCAUCAGAGGCCACGCAGGCGGUGGCAUCGUUAGCAGAAGCAGCGGUGGCAGCAUCUCAAGAGAUGCAGCAAGGAGCAACUGUUACCAUGGCACUCAACAGUGAAGCAGCUGCCCAUGCAGUAGCCACGCUUGCCGAAGCCACUCUUCAAGGUGGAGGACAGAUUGUCCUGUCUGGUGAAACUGCAGCAGCAGUAGGAGCGCUUACCGGAGUCCAAGAUGCCAAUGUUGCUCUGUGCUUCUCCCCGAUGCCUUUACCGUGCUUUCCCAGUUCAGAGAUGAACCUCACCGGUCGUUUCGAGGAGGAGGUGCGUCAAAAUAAGCUCAAAAAGGAUGAGAAGUGUGAAGUUGUAAAGAAAC